AUGGCUUCUAUCUUCACUUACGAUCCCGACCCGCCACGGGUUUCCUCCCCAUGGUCGACCUCGGGAUCCUCCACUCCAGGCCAAGCCAACCAGGCCAACCAACCCAGCAAAAGCGGACUGGCAAUUCGCACGCAAUCGAGUUCUGCCCUGGACCGCGCUCCAGACUUCUUGUCUGACUAUGGCAUUACCAAGUUGGAGCCGGAACCUCAGGAGGGUCCUACAGAGUACAAGCUGCACUUGCUGCUCCGCCCGCGACGGCCUUACCUCUCUAUGUCAACGGGGAAUGUAGUCGCGGGUUCGUACCACUCUCGUGUAUCACUCACUCCGGCUUCGUACUCUGCAUCUCCAGCCCAUGAUGCAACUCCCCGCCCUAUGCAGGCCAAGUCAGCCCAGAGCCGCCAGCAACGGCUGCAGGGCCUGACAACGCAGCUCCUUUGGCGUUUGCAACAGUCGUCCCCGUUUCACUCGUCUACGACGGCGAAUCUGGUCGUUCCUGUCCUGCCCGACGCCAGCCCGCAAUUAGGUAUCCCUUCCAAACCAGCCCGCCUGCUUCCGGGCCUGGAAGAGAGCCAGGGAGCAUUGUAUGAGAUUGGCGUUGCCGAUGAUGGCACAUUUGUAGGCCUCACCGAGGAUGAACUCGAUGAGAGUGUGACCACCCUGCAGACCAUGGCCGCAAGUCUUGGAUGCAAGGUCGAGAUUCUGCGUCGAGUGAUCGUGGGUAAAUGCGAAUGGGCAGAGGACUCGCUGGUUGUACCUCCAGACCCGUCCAAGUGUCAGAAGGAGAGCCUGUGGGUUGCUGAAGCGUUGGUCUCUCCGGACUUGGACUUUUAUAACCUGUCCUCUGCCCGUACGAAAAAGACCACUGCCGUUGGCUCCGCGGCGGAUGCUGAGGAUGAGUCGGUUUCAGAGGAAGAUUCUUCCAAUACUGAGCAGAUUCGAAUAUCUCUCACUGGACCGAGCGCCUCGGGGAAGUCUUCCUUAUUGGGGACUUUGACUUCGUCUUCAUUAGAUAAUGGCAGAGGCAGCAGCCGACUGAGUUUGCUGAAACAUCGCCAUGAGAUUUCGUCGGGGGUCACCAGCUCCGUGGCUCAAGAGUUGAUUGGAUAUACAGGAGAUAUGCCUCCCACGGUGGUCAAUUAUGCAUCUGGGAACGUGGCGGCGUGGGAUGACAUUCAUGCCGCGUCUCGUGGGGGUCGCUUGGCCUUUGUAUCGGAUCUUCCUGGUUCGGUUCGGUAUCUCAAAUCCACCUUGCGGGGCCUGGUUAGCUGGGCUCCACACUAUGUCAUGCUCUGUAUUCCCGCCAACUGCGGCGAUGAGACGGCCGAUACCGAGUCGGGCGCUGAGUCUGCGGGGGAAAUCGACCGAUGCUUGGCAUAUCUGGAUCUCUGCUUGAAGCUGGAAGUCAACAUUAUCAUCGUCAUCACUAAGCUAGAUGUCGCUUCCCGAGGCGGCUUGCGCGAGAAUCUCGCCAAGGUCUUGUCUGCUCUCAAGACUGCUGGUCGCAAGCCGGCGAUGCUCCCUGCGUCGCCGGUGGGUGAUAGAGUGCUUGAUCUGCAACAUGUAAGCGCGUCCGACAGCAACGAAGUGCGAAAGAAUAUCACCGCGGCGGAGGGUCACUGGCCUCGCACGGUGCCUAUCAUCCUUGCCAGCGCCGUUGAUGGCACCGGAAUAGGCAAGCUGCAUGCAUUCCUUCGACACCUGCCGAUUCCCGCUCGUCCACCGCAAAGGCGAUUGCGUAUUGCUCAGUCGCUGCAAAAGCCUGCAACUGUCUUCGACGUCGACGAAGUCUUCGCUAUACCGCCAUCUAAAGUGUACUCUGCGUCCUCAGACAAAGAGGGCCGUGAAAGCCGUGGCAUGGUACUCUGUGGCCUCGUCCGCCAUGGCAGUAUCUCAAUCGGUGACGAGAUGACCAUCGGCCCAAUAUUAGUCGAUACCUCCUCGGAUAGCGGCAGUGAUCCUGCGCCUUUGAGCCUGCUCUCUCGUAGCAGUGGACCAGGUCAAUCAGGCGAGUUUCCAGCCUCUCUAUCCCACGGCGUUCUCUCAGGCAAAGACGCCUCCACACAGGCAAAAUGGCAACGCGUACGAGUCGUCAGUGUCAGAGACCUUCGCCUCCCCGUUCGUCGUCUGAAAGAAGACCAAGUCGGGACAAUCGGCAUAGAGUUACUCACUUCACCGGAUGAGGGGCGCUUACCUCGUCUCAGUCGAAUAAGGAAAGGAAUGGUGCUAACAGACCUGCACACAUCUCUCCACCCGAGCAAUACCCUGCCAUCUCCCCUCCCAUCAACAUUGCCCCUGCCAUUCCACACAGGCUUCACAGCGACCUUCCCAGCCUCAGAAUUCUCAGCUCCGAAUUCGCCGCCGUUACUCCUGGGUGGGAAUGCAAUAGCCUAUAUUGCCAAUAUCAGGACAACAGUUCGUGUCGUAUGCAUGGCUCUCGCGGGAACAGGUGACGAACCAGGUUCCCGCUCACCCUCGCCAUCCCCGUCUCCUACUGAACCUGAAUUCUUCAGCUUCGAUGGCGACACGCAGACUUCGUCUUCGCCUGGGAAGGAGAAAGGUAGUGGCGCCGGUCAUACGGGUGGUAUGGACGGGUCUAUGCGGCGGCGUCCGUCCGCUACUGAUAUCAGCAAGGUGGUUUCUGGGACGGGCGACGGGCCUGGUGCAUCUGAGACAUUCAAUGAGGAUGUCAAGAUUACUUUUGGGCUUGUAACGUCUGUGGAGUGGAUUGAGCUUGGCUCGCAAGUCCUGGUUAUGCCGGGUAUAUCCAUGACUGCUUCUUCUGGGGUCGCUAUUGCGCCUGCUCCUGGUUCCGGCGCUAGCAAUGCAAGCAGCAGUGGAACGGUGCCGAUGUCUGGGUUAGAAGGGUUUGUCGGGACGGUUUGUGAGGUGGUCCCUGGGAGGUCUGUGGGGAGUGAGAGUUGA